UUUCAGAUGUAGCUUAUGUGAAAUCAGUUGAGUAGCAGAGAUGUCUGACCUAUUUGGAGGCCUUGUCCUCAUUUCUGCUGGAACUCUCUACCCAGCCUACUCCUCCUACAAAGCUGUAAAAACUAAGAAUACCAGAGAAUAUGUGAAAUGGAUGAUGUACUGGAUUGUCUUUGCGUUCUUCAACGCCCUCACCCUCUUCACUGACAUCUUCAUAUCUUGGUUCCCGGGAUAUUAUCUAUUUAAAACUCUCUUCAUUAUCUGGCUGGUUUCCCCCGCAACCAGGGGGUCAACUUAUCUCUACAAGAAAGUGCUACAUCCCACACUGAGACGAAAUGAAGAGAAAAUAGACAAGACGAUAGCCAACAUCAAGGAGCGAGGGUACGAUUACACCUCCCAGUACGCCAGACUCGCAAUGCAGAACUUUAGUAGAACCCUCAUGGAAGCUGUAUUCAGGGGACAAGUUAUGAUAGCCGAUCAGAUGCAGCGACAGUACAUGCAAAAUAAUAUCGUGUUGGAGGAUGAGAACGGGAAUCCUGUACACGUGCUGUCCAGUAACGUGGUGUACUCAGGGGAUCACAUGACGGGCGCCCCACAACACGUGAUCACAUCACCACAACAACACAUCACUCACACCACCACCAACUCAGCUGAACCCUACUCACAGUAUACAGACGAGAAUGUAUUCGAGCUGCAAGAGUACGAGGAGUUUGAACCUCCGCCUCAGAGCGCCGCGCGGCAAAGGAGACGAGCCCACAAGUCCCGUGGGAACAGACCCAAGUCAAUGCCACCACCCACCAUCGACGAGAUUCAACAUCCCCUGGGAGAUCCUCUAGAUGAUCAGUAUCUCGAGGGUGUCCAAUCUGACCCUGAUUAUGCUCCAGAUGAUGAACUUGAGAAUUCGAAAAAGAGUGUGACCCCACGUCGACAUAGUGUGGCAGUUACCACACCACAACAGCGAUCGAAGUCUAGUAAGAGACAAGCCGCGGAACAGAGACGGGUGACGAGAUCUAGUGCGAGAAAAGAUGAUGCUGUAGUGUCUCCUCCAGUGGAGGAUGAAGACGAUUUCUUUGAUUGAAACGGAAUGAGUUCCACCUACCCUCAAUAGCUUGUGAAGUGACUUCUGUUUCAUUUCAAACUACUGUUUUUUGUUUUUCCGAUCAAUUUUUAAGUAAUAAUUUGAACUCUAGAAUAUUUAACAGCUUUGAGCAUACUGUCGAGUUUACUUUUAAUUUCUGGAAUUUUGUUUGGCAAGAUGAUGAAAUGCUAUAUGGUUCACUCUCUUGCCUAUGUCUUGGACUUUUUGAUGCAUCUGAAUUGUCUUACAGUUGCUUGUUUGAUUAAGUAUUUGUUGUAUAUAUAGAUUUUAGUAUUUCUAUUUAAUUAAACUGUUCUAAUCAAAAUUUUAUAAGUUUUAAUUGCAUGGGGCCAUCAUUGAGUAAUGGUUAUGGUAUUUCUAUUUAAACUGAAACAACUACUUAUCAAAUGCAAAUAGAUUUAUAAGCAUCUUGUAGUUCCAAUUCGGCCGUUCGAUCGAGAAACUCUAAAUUUAAUAACCGUUGAACAACCAUGUUUGUAGGGUUUGAUUAAAGAUUGUUGAAUAAUAAGUAUUGUUGAAUUGUUAUCUGUUAUGUACUGUACCAUUAUUUUGAGAUUUCCAAUUGAAUCAUUAAA